AUGGCCGAUGGACUCAACCAGGCCCGCGCUGUGCGUCUGGCCGAAAUCAUCAACGACUACCGCACGCUCUUGCUCCACAUCUCUCAACAAAACGUCGACGCCGCCCCCGAAGACUACUGGGACGAAGGCUUCGUCGUGCUCCGCGAGUGUCUGGCUGCGGCCCAGGGCUUAAUGUCUGCCAACUAUCACCCCAGCCCGGUGUCUGGCCAGGGCAAUGCCGAGACGGAGAAGGCCGAGUUACAACGUGUUAUUCUCGAUAGCAGCGCCCGCCGCUUCCAAGCACAUAAAAUCUACCUUCGCGCCGCCGCCGCCCGACGAUGGACGAUGACGCGCGCCACGAUCUUGAACGGCCCGUCCUCGACACGCCACGCCGCCAUGAAGGGCGCUAGCACCUCGCUGCAACAGGAAUUGGCGCACAUCACCGACCAGCAUGUCGUCGCUGACCUGCGAGCCGCCGACCUGCGGGCAGGUCACUGGCUCGACGAUGACCCGUCUCUCGAUACGAUCCGGCGCUGGAUUCAGGGCCGGUAA